GGCCAAAGCGCCAACGUUCCGCUGUGCCCUGAGCAACCGGAAGUGGCCGGACCCUAGGCGGAGGGACCUGGAGGAGCGGAAGUCACUUCGUGAGGCAGUGGCGACGGCGGCGGCGAGAGGAUGAACAACAAGUUCGACGCAUUGAAAGAUGAUGACAGUGGGGACCAUGAUCAGAAUGAAGAAAACAGCACACAGAAAGAUGGUGAGAAGGAAAAAACGGAACGAGACAAGAGUCAGAGCAGCAGCAAGAGGAAGGCUGUCGUCCCUGGGCCGGCCGAGCACCCCCUGCAGUAUAACUACACUUUCUGGUACUCCAGGAGAACCCCCGGCCGUCCGACCAGCUCACAGAGCUAUGAACAGAAUAUCAAACAGAUUGGCACCUUUGCCUCUGUGGAGCAGUUCUGGAGGUUUUACAGCCACAUGGUGCGUCCCGGGGACCUGACAGGCCACAGCGACUUUCAUCUCUUCAAAGAAGGAAUUAAACCCAUGUGGGAGGAUGAUGCAAAUAAAAAUGGCGGAAAGUGGAUAAUUCGACUGCGGAAGGGCUUGGCAUCCCGCUGCUGGGAGAAUCUCAUCUUGGCUAUGCUGGGGGAACAGUUCAUGGUUGGGGAGGAGAUCUGCGGGGCUGUGGUCUCUGUCCGUUUUCAGGAGGACAUUAUUUCCAUAUGGAAUAAGACUGCCAGCGAUCAAGCCACCACGGCCCGCAUACGGGAUACGCUUCGGCGAGUGCUUAACCUACCUCCCAACACCAUUAUGGAAUACAAAACCCACACCGACAGCAUCAAGGCCUGGGAGGAGUUUCAUGGCCUGGUGAACAGCAGCGGCCGCUGAUCGGACGCUCCCCCUCUGUCUCUCACACUCAGGGGACAAUUCAAGCUUUCGAAAUACAAAAAUCACCUUGUGAGAGUACACAAGCUGGCAAUAAUCCUUUCCUGUAUGUGUGUGUUUGUCCGAAGCGGAUGGGAGGUCUCCGGCUGGCCCCUCCAUCUGCUCACCGAAGGGACGUCCCCGAGCCGCGUGCUCCCCUUUUGCACUCAUUCCUGGAGGACGGAUUCCGCUAGACACCCUCCAGCGUCGCUGACUUUAUAAAGCGGAAAAAACGGAACACGUGACUUUGUAAUAGACAGACUUUUUUUUUUAACGGGGUUCUGUUGGGGGGGAGUUCAGCCUUUUGUCUUGCUGUGUGCUGUCCAGGUGCCUCCCGGGCACUCUGUCGUGCUCGCCUCUGCUGUACGAAGGGUGUCGUGACCAUGUGUACAAGCCAGAGCUGUCGACUGAGAGUGAGCAGUAUUAUGAAUGUCUGUGCAUCCAGGAAAAGCGUUUUGUUGGAGAGUCCCAGAAUAGCUAUAAAUGCUCUCUUCUAGAUCUGCCACUAAAUUAUUGGGACAUUUUGUUUAUUUCACACCCUUUGUCCCCCAAGGCCACCCUUUUGGAAUGUGUGUUACUGAUUCUGUAGUCUCCUGCCUUAGGCCCUCCAGUCUUCCCUCCUGUGGGACUCUUUCCUUUUAGGCACUGCUGCACUUAAAAUUGUAACCAGUGGACCACACAGGUCUCACUGAGGCGGCUUAGAAGGUAUGAUUGUAAAUUAAACUGCACCAAACUGCAGUUUGAUGAGGAGCGAGGUUGUAUUAGAGGUUCCAAGGGCAGGAUUUGGAGCUGAGGGCAGUUUCUGACCCAGGUUCCCAGAUGGGCAGGACCUGUUGUGUCCAGCCUGUUGCUGUGGGUUCUUGCAUUCCCCUCAUGCAAGAAGGGAAGCAGAAGUUGGCUGCUGCCAGGUGUUAACAUGGUCAGUUCUGUGAUCUCAAAACUGGGACAUCUGGAGAAAAGGUGACCGUGAUGGACGGCUUUCUUUGCACGGCUCUGCCUGUCUGCAGUGGUAGAGAAAUCUGCUGUCAGUCCUCAUCAUCUGGUAAAUGUGUUAGCUGGUGUGUGCUGAUCCAGGAAGCCCAACACAAACCUUGUGGGGUGUUGCAGGCAGGCUCUAAAAAUGACUAGGCACACGCCAGAGAAGCCGGGUGAUCUGACUCCAGAAGGACUGAAGUCAGAGAGGUCAGAGAACACCUAGGGUUGGACUAAGUGCCGAGGACCAGUCCUCAGCAGCCUCCGAGGAGCGCCAUCUUACUUGGCUCUUGUGAGCACAGAUUGCAGUACCUUAAAUUAAGGCCUCCCCUAAAACCUAUCCUUGCAGGCCGGGGUCCUUGGCCACCUGGUCUCAGAGAAGUCAUAGGAGAGUAAUAGGCAUUUCCUUCUGGUAUUUAUAUUAACUCUUCCUACUUGCCAGCUCCUGGACACUCUCAUUACCACUGUCUUGGGGUGCUUAUUCCUAAAAGAACAGAGGCGUAUAGGGGCCAGAAGGGAGGUGCUUCCAUUGCAGGUGAAAUUAGAUCAGAGAAGUCUAGCAGCGAUUUAAACUCCAAGAGUAUGAAGAAUAAACUCUAGUGCCCAGACAGUUGUGAAGGGCUCAGACAAAUACAGGAGCAACGUUGGCCCAAGCAGGGGACAAACGCUGCCUCCUGAGUUUAGACACCAGGGAGGUCUUCACUUAUGCCUAAACUCAGAUUUGCCCUGAAAAAUCCCAAAGAGAGCGGACGUUUGGAUUUGCCCUCUGGGCAUCUACCUGACUGACUGUUAGCAUGUGUGUAUGGGUGCAUAUGUUUGUUACAUGUUCACGAGUGAAAUUUUGUCAGAUCGAGUGCUUCGUUGUCCAUAUUUGUGUUUUUGUUUUUUUGGGGGGGGUCUCGUUUUAAUUUCUUAGUCUCUUGUGUUUUCUAGAGCUGCUGAUGUCACUCCCCACCCCCCACCUUCCUCUUGGUCUUUGCAGUAUUUGAAAGUUAUUUUUUCCCAUCAAAAAUAUGCUGGCUAGAACAAGAGUUAUUUCUGCUAGGCAGUGUCUUUCCCUAGAACUCUCCAGAUCUUCUGCCUAACAGCUUUAAAUCAGAGAUCGAAGAGUCAGUUCUCCAAACCACCUGUUUUCCACACUAGCUUACGAGGUCUUUUCAAUUCCUAAUGACUCCAUGGACUCCGUGACGCUGAGACAGGACACAGUUGCAGUUAUGGUAUCACCAUUUCCAGAGAAAAAGGGGAAAAGGUGCACCAGGCAUCUGCCAACCUAGCAGACGUGUUGGGUGGCUGCUGGAGGUGGGGCGUCCAGUGUGCCCAGGUGGGCUGUUCCCAGGACCCCCAGAAACUGGCCCCACGCCUCGCCAGUGCUCUUUUCCUCUUACCCUCCUGUUCAUGUGUGUGUGUGUGUGCCCUGUGACAUUGGCAGUGACAAUUUUCCACCCAGAGAGACGCUUGUGGUCCACGAUGCUCCAAGAAUGAAUUUCCAAGUAUUUGCCAGUGGAGGAGCAGAGGCUGUGACAAGAGUGAUUUAGUGUUGCACUUUCAGAGCAAUUGUCUACUGCAGUAAUAAAUGGAAAAUAUCAGCAAGGA